AUGGAUUCGGUCCCGCGGGACAUCCCAGGGUACUACUAUGACGCGGAGAAGAACAAGUAUUUUAAAAUCCAAGCAAAUCACACUGCACCGUUAGGAUCGAAGUAUUCUAGGGAUGAUAUAAAACAAAGGGAGCAGACAGCUCUGAGACGAAAGAGAAUAGAAGAUCACUCCCAGCGAGUGUUGACAGAGACUAUCAAAAGGUCAAACAUGCUACAUUAUCCGCUGGGUGGCAAAUUGCUGCAGCGGGAGUGUGGCACACUACCCACGUCGAAGAGUUUUGUUUCUGAAAACUGUGCAGCCGUAUGUGCAAGGCUAUAUUCAAGGAAUCGCUUGGUUGAUGUAUCGAGCCUGGAUGUCCUAUUUCCCGUGGCGAGGUUCGCCAGGGACCCUUGGACUGGGACUCUCCUGGUUGCGGUCAAUACGGCGUGGAACUUUAAUCUUCUGUCUUAUCUCCCCAAUAAACAAAAUCGACCCUGGCAGUACAAGUCGCAUCAGAGACAGUGCAAUCGGGUAAUGAUUGGGCAUGAUUGGGCCCAACUGGCUGGCUUCUUUAGCAACUCGAGUGACCUGUUACUCAUCACUCGGACCGAAUCAACCUGGGCAGCCAAAGACGUCAAGCUGCCGAAUACUGCUGAUGUCAUGUCUGUGGAGUGGCUGACACCUCGAGUGGUUAUCGCCGGGAUGAACAACUCUCUGGUCCAGUUCUUUGACCUGCGUUCUCAGGAUACUGUAUCGAGACUCCAGCAUCCACAUGGUGUAUACAAAAUUCGGAAGGUGGAUGAGUGGAGAAUUGUGGUGGCAGGAGCGAAGAAAAAUCUACACAUGUAUGAUCUCCGCUAUGCCUCAAGCGGCAUCGCAAGGCAUCCUCAGCCCAACAAACCCAAUCACACCUCGACGAAGCCCUAUAUCUCAUUCCACGAAUACGAAAACGACCACAUAUCCCAUGACGAGCUAGAUAUCAGCCCCGAAAUCGGUCUUCUCGCAUGUACUUCUCCUUCCAAGAGGAUCCAGCUUUUCUCCCUCAGCACUGGCAAACUUAUCAUGCCCCCGCCCCUAGUUCCCUCCCAUUCCUCUUGCCUAUCAUCCACCCCAAACACACCACUGUCAAUACCAUCGAGCCGCAUCCAACUACAAGCACACCAGGACGUGGUCGCCGAAGUUCCCAAUCCCAAUCGUGCAGAUACACCCAUAACCUACUACCAGUAUCAAGACCCGAUUACCUGUCUCCGUUUUGAGAAUCUGAAGGAGGUGCCAGCGGCAAAUGGUGCGGGGAAUACAGGAAAGCCGAACAAGGUGUUUGGUUGUGUUUUCCAUGGUUAUGGACAAGGCUAG